AUGUCGCUCGUCGCUGAAAUUAAUGAAAAUCUAAAGGAGCUUAUUAUGAGCGAUACCCUACAACAGGGAAUUAUCUCAUGUCUGCAAGUGCUCAAUGGAUUCUUACAACAGAACUGUCCAGUUGUAUCAAGUAUGGUGGUUCCUGACAAAGUUAUUCACUGUCAUGGGGCUGGAAAUAUCGUCAACGCAAUCCUAAAUAUAAUGGGGCUGAAGGACCUCAAAGCUAUCAGUUUGCACAGAACACUGUCGAAACUAGGGAUGGAUUCUGUGACGGCAGUGGAAGUCGAACAGACUUUGGAAUGUAAUUUUGAAGUACUUCUAACCACAUCCGAUAUUCCUGAUCUUGAUUUCCUCUAUAAUAGGUAUUCAAGAUAG